UUUAUAAACAAACGAAUUAAAUUCAUCAGUAUCAAAUAUAAAAGUUUUUAAUAAUUAAAUUUAAUAAUAGUAAUAUAUGACUCAUGCGCGUUUCAGUCAAUAUAUUAUCGGCCAUGUUCGUUGAUGUAUACCCCAAGUGCUGAAUAAAAUUAUUUCAUUUUCGGUAGUUUGUGUAAAGUUCCGGCCUAAAAAUGGCAGGGAAUCUGGGAAUGGAGCAACUUAUUCCAAUUGUGAAUAAGUUGCAAGAUGCUUUUACACAACUGGGUGUUCAUAUGACUUUGGAUCUACCACAAAUCGCAGUGGUGGGCGGACAAUCGGCAGGAAAAAGUUCAGUUUUGGAAAAUUUCGUAGGAAAAGAUUUUCUUCCAAGAGGAUCAGGAAUUGUUACAAGAAGACCACUUAUUCUACAGCUGAUUAACGCAAAUUCCGAAUAUGCGGAAUUUUUACAUUGUAAAGGUAAGAAAUUUGUGGAUUUUGAUGAAGUCCGUAAAGAAAUUGAAGCUGAAACCGACAGAGUUACAGGAAGCAAUAAAGGCAUAUCUAACAUACCCAUUAACCUGAGAGUAUAUUCACCCAAUGUGCUGAAUUUAACUCUUAUUGAUUUACCUGGUUUAACUAAAGUCCCUAUAGGCGAUCAACCUGCAGACAUUGAACAGCAAAUAAGAUCAAUGAUACUGCAGUUUAUAAAAAGAGAAUCCUGCUUAAUUUUGGCAGUAACACCUGCCAAUACGGAUUUAGCCAAUUCUGACGCGCUUAAAUUGGCUAAAGAAGUCGAUGCUCAAGGUCUUAGAACAAUUGGUGUGAUAACUAAGCUGGAUCUUAUGGAUGACGGUACAGAUGCUCGUGAUAUAUUAGAAAAUAAAUUAUUACCUCUAAGGAGAGGCUAUAUCGGAGUUGUGAAUCGUUCUCAGAGAGACAUUGAAGGAAGGAAGGAUAUAAACGCGGCGUUGGCAGCUGAAAGGAAGUUUUUCCUUAGUCAUCCCGCUUAUCGACAUAUAGCUGAACGUUUAGGUACGCCGUAUUUACAAAGAGUUCUGAAUCAACAACUUACCAAUCAUAUCCGAGAUACUCUACCAACUUUAAGAGAUAAAUUGCAAAAGCAACUGUUGCAAUUGGAAAAAGAUGUCGAUCAGUUCAAGCAUUUCAGACCGGACGAUCCAUCUAUCAAAACGAAAGCCAUGUUACAGAUGAUUCAACAGCUCCAAGUGGAUUUUGAUAGAACGAUCGAAGGAUCCGGAUCAGCUCAGAUAAAUACUAUGGAAUUAUCCGGUGGGGCUAAAAUAAAUCGAUUAUUUCACGAAAGGUUCCCCUUCGAAAUCGUCAAAAUGGAAUUUGACGAAAAGGAAUUGCGUAGAGAAAUCGCUUUCGCUAUAAGAAACAUUCACGGUAUCAGAGUUGGUUUAUUCACACCUGAUAUGGCUUUCGAAGCUAUAGUUAAAAAACAGAUAUCCAGAUUGAAAGAACCGUCUUUGAAAUGUGUCGAUUUGGUAGUUCAGGAAUUAUCAAAUGUGGUCAGGAUGUGUACGGACAGGAUGGCGCGUUAUCCUCGUUUGAGAGAAGAAGUGGAAAGGAUCGUUACGACUCACAUUAGAAGCAGGGAACAAUAUUGUAAAGAGCAGCUGUGUUUAUUAAUCGAUUGCGAAUUAGCUUAUAUGAAUACCAAUCAUGAAGAUUUCAUCGGAUUUGCGAAUGCGCAAAGCCAAUCGGAAAGCGCGGCAGCCAAAGGUACCCGCGGUACUCUGGGUAAUCAAGUAAUAAGAAAGGGUUACAUGUGCAUCCACAAUUUGGGUAUAAUGAAAGGAGGUUCGAGAGAUUAUUGGUUCGUUCUUACAUCGGAGAGCAUCUCUUGGUACAAAGACGAAGAGGAAAGGGAAAAGAAAUACAUGUUACCUUUAGACGGUUUAAAAUUGAGAGACAUCGAACAAGGUUUUAUGUCUAGAAGGCACAUGUUUGCUAUUUUCAAUCCGGACGGUAGGAAUGUUUAUAAGGAUUAUAAACAACUUGAAUUGAGCUGUGAAACUGUCGACGAAGUAGAUUCUUGGAAGGCUUCGUUCUUAAGGGCCGGAGUUUAUCCUGAAAAGCAAACGGAAACUUUAAACGGAGAUGAUUCUUCGGGAGAGAGCGUAACAAGUUCGAUGGAUCCCCAAUUGGAACGUCAAGUAGAAACUAUAAGAAAUUUGGUCGACAGCUACAUGCGUAUCGUAACAAAAACAACAAGAGAUCUCGUACCCAAAACAAUAAUGUACAUGAUUAUAAAUCAUACCAAAGAAUUUAUAAACGGGGAACUGUUGGCCCACAUAUACGCCAGCGGAGAUCAAUCCCAAAUGAUGGAAGAGGCUCCGGAAGAAGCUCAAAAACGCGAAGAGAUGUUACGUAUGUAUCACGCUUGCAAAGAAGCCCUAAAUAUUAUAGGGGACGUUUCUAUGGCUACGGUAUCUACUCCGGUACCUCCUCCGGUUAAGAACGAUUGGUUAGCUAGCGGGCUUGAGAAUCCCAGAUUGUCACCUCCUAGUCCUGGGGGACCAAGAAAACCGACGCCACAGAUGGGCGUCGUCGGAUCUAGCGGUUCUCUUGGAUCUAGGGCUCCGCCUCCGCCGCCCAGUAGUGGCAGACCGGCUCCUGCUAUACCUAAUCGACCAGGUGGUGGUGCUCCUCCAAUGCCCCCGGGUAGGCCACAGGGGCAAUCACUUCCAGCACCUCUAAUUCCAACUCGAGCCGGGGGUCAACAAGGUCUGGGGGGUAUACAAGUACCCCAGCAAGUGCAGAUGGCUGUAGGAAGGGCCGUUACCAAUGCGGCCAUCAACGAAUUAUCCAACGCCUUUAAAUUCAAUAACCGUCCGGUACCGAACGUGCCACCUAGAAUACCUGAACGACCUCAAACGGGAAGACAAAAUUAAUUUUGAAAAAUAAUUUUCUAGUCAAUGUAACCACGCACAGACGAUUUACUCGGGGACCAGGUAGAUGAUGACGUACGAAGUAAAAAGUUUUUUCGUAUGUGAGAAUCAAGUACUGUGAUUCGAUAUUCUAUAUACGAAAUAUUCCUGAAAAAUUACAAACUGCUUAAACUGAAUAUUUGUGUCUAAACAAAUUAAUUUUAAACAACCAUCCUCACCUUGACAUAUAAUGGAAUAGUCCCACCAGUGUUGCCACUGCACUUUUUAUAAAAAAGAUUCAUCUCAUCACCGAUGACAGUAUUAUUAAAUUUUUUUGUUACUAAAUUGCGUUAAUUUUAUGUCUAAACAUAAAAGGUGAUGAGAUUAUUAUUGUUAUAUUUCUCGAAAAUAUCGUUUCGCCCCGGAUUUCUUAAAAUUCUAAUUAAAAUCUUCAAAAUUCUCUAUAUUGAAAGAUAUCUUUUAAUUCUGGCAACAUUGAGUCCGUUUGUUUACGUUUCAUGCCGUAGCUUAUUUCGGCGACGUUGUCACGCGUUCACAAAUAAAUAAAACUAUGGCAAAGUAAUUUUCUAAUUGAAAUAUAUUUUUUUGUAUCUUGUUUUUUAGGAAUAUUUCGUAUAAACAUGAUUUUCAAUAAACGUGUUGAUAUGUGUUUCCGAUUUAAAAAAAAAUCAAUUUCAAUAACGACAGUUUAAAAACAAAUUGGUACGUUACAGGGGGUGAAUGAAAAUAUCAAUUACCUAUAAUGACGAAUGAGACACAUAGAUAGCGAUUUAUUUUGAAUCUUGUACAAAAUGUCGUUUAUUUAUUGUUCAAAAUUUGUUUUGCAAACUUUUUUUUUAUUUUGACAGAUUCAACUAGUCUUAUUUGAUAGUAUUAUUAAAAUAUAGGUGAAUUAUCCAAAUAACGUCAACGGAUGUUAGAUAUUACUAAUCUGUAUUUAUGUAUAUAUGUUAAUUUGUAUUAAAUUUAUUUUUAAUAA